AGUAUGGGAGGCACAAUACCGCCUGCUCCAGCCAGUGCCUCCACCGAGGAGACAAGUAAGGGCAAAACAGAGGAACAGCCAGAGGAGCCAGUUAAAUCACCAGAACCAGAAAGUGAAGAGAGCGACUUAGAAAUUGACAAUGAGGGAGUGAUUGAGCCAGACAAUGAAGAACCUCAGGAAAUGGGAGAUGAAAAUGUGGAGGUAACCGAAGAGAUGGUGGAUCAAGCUAAUGAGAAGAAGAUUGAAGCAAUAAAUGCUCUAAGUGAAGGUGAACUUCAGAAGGCUGUUGACUUGUUCACAGAUGCUAUCAAGCUGAAUCCUUGUUUGGCCAUCUUGUAUGCCAAGAGGGCAAGUGUUUUUGUGAAACUACAGAAGCCAAAUGCUGCCAUUAGAGAUUGUGACAGAGCCAUCAAGAUUAAUCCUGACUCGGCGCAGACCUAUAAAUGGAGGGGGAAAGCGCAUAGACUUCUGGGUCACUGGGAGGAGGCUGCUCAUGAUCUUGCGUUAGCUUGUAAACUGGAUUAUGAUGAAGAUGCUAGUGCCAUGCUGAAGGAGGUGCAGCCAAGAGCUCAGAAGAUUGCAGAACAUCGCCGAAAAUACGAGCGGAAGCGUGAAGAAAAGGAAAUCAAGGAGAGAAUGGAAAGAGUGUUUUUUUAGCAUGAGAGAGCACAAAGGGAGGAAGAAGCAAGACGACAGGCAGGAGGAGCUCAGUUUGGUGGUUUCCCAGGUGGAUUCCCAGGUGGGUUUCCUGGGGCUAUGCCUGGAGGUAUGCCGGGAAUGGCAGGUAUGCCAGGUCUGAAUGAGAUUCUCAGUGAUCCAGAAGUCCUUGCAGCCAUGCAGGAUCCAGAAGUUAUGGCUGCAUUCCAAGAUGUUGCCCAGAACCCAGCAAAUAUGUCCAAGUACCAGAACAAUCCCAAGGUCAUGAAUCUCAUCAGUAAAUUGUCUGCCAAAUUUGGCAGUAAACCAUAAAAUCCCUGGUUCUUAAAAAUCAUAUCUGAAUGGGAAGGAUUGGAUUUGGCUAACCAGUGUUGCAAUAAAACAAAACCAUUGUACCUCUGAUCUUCUUAAGAAGAGAAAUGGGGUGUUGGAAGGAGAGCUGCUCUCUAGCCCCAAGUGUUGACUUUAUUCAGUGAUUGGUUUAUAGCAUUCAAAUUAUAUUCAGAUGACAUAGUUUCAACUAUCCCUCCUUGUCCUAGAGUUGCAACCUUUUAUUAUAAGUAUUAUAGACACUUUCUUCUGAAUGAACACUCCUGUAAGAAAUUCUCAUAUUCCAGGAGUGUUAAGAUAAAAACCUGCUGUUGUGUUGUUUUGGAUUU